AUGACACCAGCUCUAAAACGCGGCAGCAGAUCUCGUCCCUCCACCAUAGCUCUGGAAGAAUCUGCAGGACGGCGGCCCCGAAAGCGAACGCGUUCAACUAACUCGUUGCCUUUAUCCUCCGAACCACCUUCAGGCGUCCUAUCUACCCUCAACAACCGCUCUCAAUCACUUCCUCGCUCUAACGCAACGAAGCUACUCGACCGCCGCGUUGACGGCCCCUCAGAAGACUCAAAAGUGCCGAUCCUCUCUGAUCAAAUGGCACCAGACGCUACAGCUGUCGAAACACAACCCCUCUCCGCCGGAGCUCUGGAGAAUUUGAACGGCCCACCCCGCCCCUCUCUCUCAGGAACAAGACGAAAGCAUAACGGUCACGCUUCGGACCGCGACUCCGAGUCUAGCCUCAGCGACAUUGGCGAGGAUUCGGAGGCGGAAACUGAAAGGCUACACAAUUCCCCGCUAAAACAGAGACCGAAAUUUGUGCAACACAGGAAAGAUUCAACAUCCACAACACAAGCAAUCGCGAUCGAAAUGCCGGUUAGGAAAGAGGUGUUGCUUGAUCAAGGGGAUGUUUUUGCAGAUGACGCUGCUGAUGAUUCUACACCCUCUACACCUACACAAUCUAGCCCCAGCAAAAAGCGGAAAAGAGAUUUUCAAGAAUCGCCUAUUGUACGACCUACGGAAGAGCCGAAAACAAGACCAUCAACACCACCCCCUAAGAAAAAAGUACACACCCCUCAAGUACCAUCAGAAAAUGGCAGUGUGAGCACGCUGGAAGGGAAAAAACCAAACUCGGACGACGAUGAACAUCCUGCUAUAACUAACGGAAUUCGCCAGGAGACCCCAGUUCCAAUUGUGACUAACGGUAAGGACGUUCGGCCAGUAAAAUCAAUUGUCAAGGUUGCUACAUCUGCUGUGGAAGAAUCCGAUAGCAAUCCGGACCAAGACCAAGAAUCUGAGCGUGCUAUUGGAAUUGAAAUUGAAGAGAAUACAGAUGUCGCGGCUCCCAUAGUGCCAGAAGAAGAGCAUGGCGAUGCUGUUGAUACGAUCGGGGUGGAUGACGAAGAUUUAGAGCGCGCAUUAAAGAAGAAAGCUGCUAUGGAAGAGCUCGCGGAGAUAGAACGUGUUUUCGCACACCUCAAAGAUAGAAUUUAUUCCGAAAAACUGCGCAGAGUUGAAAUCGAAAUGAAAAUGAUACAGGAUGGCACCCACCCUGAAUACGUCGCCCAGAAAGCUUGUAUCGACCAGAAAUUAGAUGAAAAAGAACGUCUAGCCGACGCCCAGUACAAGAAUGGUAUGGAGUCUCUAGAGAUUGCCACCCGAGUUACCAAGGCCCAGGUGCAUUCACAGUAUUAUCAACGAGUAAGAGAAUUACGAGAGAAUACCCUCAAUAAAUGCAGUGAAUUGUGGUAUCAUAUUCAAAGAGAACGGAGGGCUGGUGAUACAUUAGUUUCAGAAUACACCUAUCGGAUACCAGAUCGUGCAAGUACAAGGAUACAGCACCGAAGACAGUACAAUUGGGAAGUUGCACUUCUGACAGGAAUCUCUAAACACGUUGGUUUUCCAGCUGCCCCUGACGUCUUGGGGGCAUCUGAAGAAGAACGGGCGGAAGAUUUGGAGGCCAUCGGAAUCGCUCCACGUGUACCUGUGAGGGCAAGUGCAACCGUACAACCACCUGUAUUACGCGACCGACUGCUUGAUGAUCAUUACGAGAGGCCUCAGCCUAUUCAUUGGUCCCAAGUCCAACGACACUCGCCGCCAUCUCCUGCACCCCAGCCUGUUCAGGCCCAUUCGCAUCCCCACGUACAUAUUCACCAUCAUCAUAAUCGAAGACAUGCCGCGUCUGGGGUGUCCAAUCAGCCUGACCAACCUCUUUUCCUUAAACAGCGUGUUCCUUCUGCAGCAGGUUCGGCAAACCCUAGUCAUUCCCAGCCUUCAAAUGUUCCAUUAUCCGCAUUGCUGCAAAACGACAUAAAGCAAGAACAUUCUUCACCACGACCUCCAUCUAGCCUCGCACUUUCCAUUCAUGGCGGAAACAAUCAAAAUCGUUCUCCUCAACUAGUACACAAUCACCCCCAAUCACAUCCCUCUCAGCGUCCAUUACAGUAUAACUACUCUGGACAUCCGAUGCCGUCACAUCCACUGCAACCACCACCUCAUCAACACCAUAGUUUGUACGCCCGUUCUAGUAGUAUAGAAUCACAUCCAGCUCCCCCACCAGCACAAAGGAUAAUUGAUUUAGGGAGCCCGGCCCCUGGGGAAAGGAUAUAUGGGAGAGAAGUCGAAGCACCGGAUGGAGGAUUGAAGAGGCUGAAAGAAGAGAGCGAUGGUUCACUUGGAAUGCCCACGGCAACUAUGAGGUUUCCCUCACGGAUGAGUGGUUUCUAA